AUGUCCAAAUUUAACGUGGAAGUGGCUUUUAAUGAGUUGUCUAAGAAGAUAGCAGAGUUAACAAAAAUAAUUACUGCGCAAUCCGUGCUAAUUGAGACGCAAAAUAAGAAAAUAGAUGAUCAAAAACAGCUGAUCGAAAGUAAUAUUUUUGUAAUUAGUGAGCAGAAGCGGGUAAUUGAAAAAUUGUUAGCUAAAAUCGACGAACGGUUGGGCAGCGCUGAGAAAAGUUGCGAUGCAGUUAUCACUACCAUGCCAAUAACUCAAAGUGUGAAAGAGCUAGCAACAUGUACAGAAAGCCCAGCGUUAUCGGAUCGUGAACGUCGAGCAACGGAACGUUCUCGGGCUAAGGGUACGACUACAUUGCAGAAGCCGGAGCGUUUAAAUACAUCUACUAACUGUUUUAAAACAAAUACAGAUAUCAAUCAAACCUUAAAUGAAGAUUCAACCGAUUGGAAAACCGUCGUUAAUAAAAAGAAAGAGUACACUACACUACACUUGAGUACAACACAGGAGGAGUCGAACGACGGAUUCCAACCUUUGACUUUCAGAGUUUACGGUACGCACACUUAA